UUCACUAAAACCCUUAUUUUUCAGCCUACCCACCCCUCAUUCUCACUAAACCCUAGAAGCUUGCUUCACGCCUCCACCGCCGCCGCCCCCGCCGCGGCGCUAGCCACUGUGAGCAGGAACAGAAUCACCAUUAUCUUCUUUGAUUGGUCCAAGCCGCAAUUCCGCCGACACACGGGCCACACUUCCUGUGAUCGCAAGCUGCACCGCCUCGAACAACACCUUCUCCGCCGCCGCCGCCCGAAGUUCCUGCGUGCAUCGCCGCAGGUUGGUGAGCCUGCAACAUGCAUAGACGAUCCCUCGGGCCACCGCCGCCGCCGCCGCCGCCGCCACCUCCACGUUAGUACCGUCCGCCGCGAUAUCAGGUAAGAAGCACUAAAGCACGUGAAACCACUUCUUUCUGAUAGAGUAGCGGUGAAAGUUGUGGGAUAUCCGUUGAAACAUCCGGAUGGGGGAGAAAGUCAUUACUGCUAGUGGCAUGGACAGAUCAAUUCCCAGAAAUAUCAAUGUGCGUAAGUUUGUAGAACCUCGAGCAUCUGAGCUGGAAGCUCUUCAAUCCAUCAUUUGGAAUCGGAUGAAUACUGAUAUUUGUGAUCAAAGAUCAAAGAGGAGAAGAACUUCUUCUUAUUUAACUAAUGCUUCAAGGAAAAGGAAAAAUAAGAAAAUGAGAUUGGACAGCAACGAUAUUGAUUUGGAGAAAGGUGAGAAGAAGGCUUCUCGAAAAAAACGUCGCAGAGCUGAGUUUAAAAUGAAUUCUGGAACUGGAUUUUCUACUUCUGGGGAUGGCACCAAAAGGCUCAGAACACAUGUUUGGCAUGCUAAGCGUUUCACUAUGACUAAGCUUUGGGGUUUUCACCUCCCUCUGGGGUUGCAAGGCAGAGGUAAGGGUUCUAGAGCUCUUUUGAAACGGUACAAGGAUGGAGUGCUUAUACAUGAUGCUAGUUAUUACGUUGCCAUACAGCUGGAGGGUCCAGGGGACUCUUUGAUUUCGGUUCUAAGAAUGGUGUUGGUACCAUCCACAGUAUCUCAUUCUCAAGACAUUUCCCGUGCCAUUAUUUCUGGUGGCAUUUAUGGUAGAGCAAUUCUGCAUGAUGUCAGAGCCCCAGGUGCUAAUGCAAUUGCUCCUGUAACAUAUAUGUGGCGGCCAUGUCCCUGUGGGAAUAAAGAAUUCAAUGUUGAUAAUCACAGUGGCAGUGUAUUUAAGACAAUAGACUGCAUAGACACGCCUUCUACUACACGCCGGCUUUGGAUUUGGUUACAUGCUUCUGCUUCUAGUGAAGGAUAUGAUGCUCUACAAUUCGCUUGCCAAAAAGAGAUGGAUGAGAGAAAUAUCUCAAUUGAUUGUUCUUCAUUAGAAGGUCAGCUUGCAAAAUUGGAAGUAUUUGGCUCAAAUGCAUCCCAACUACUUGAAAAGAUUUUGCAUCCUAUUGCACGGGCUUCACAGAAUCUUUGGCAGUUAAAGAAGCACUCCAGUGGGGGUUCUGAAGGUGACUCUCAUUUGAAGAUAUUUUCCAAUCUUGAAAAUGAGAGUUACAUGCCAUCUCAUGAAAUUGUAUCUGUCACUCUCAAGGAUCCUCGAACUCUACCAAAGGAAAAGAUUGCAGACGUUCAAGAUUCAACUUCAAUGCCUAAACCUGCUGAUUUGUCGACAACUUUUUCUAAAGAUAUUGAAAUUUCAAGCAAUAAUGAAGUGUCGCUAUCAUCUCUAGACUCAAGAAUCAACAGAGACGGGUUUUCACCCGAGAACAAGGAAUUGUGGGAUGCCAAUAGUGGAAUGAGGCCCCCUGUGGAAGAUACUGUUAUUUGUGCAUCAAGACAUGAGACACGGAUGAAUCAUUUUUGCAUCGAUGAACCAACUGCAGAGAUGUCGAAACAUUUGAGCCCAUUGCAAUACUCCAGUACUUGCCCCGCAUUGCUUUUAAAUGAGAACGAGGAAAGCAGUUCACUUGUAAGAUGGUCUAUCAUACUUCCCAUAAGUUGGGUUAAGGCAUUUUGGAUUCCGCUAAUAUCCAGGGGCGCUCGUGCAAUCGGUUUGAGGGAGAGACACUGGAUAUCAUGUGAAGUGGGAUUGCCAUCAUUUCCUUGGGAUUUUCCUGAUUGUGCCGCCUACUCGCGGUUCAUGGCAAAAGAAGCUACUGCAGUUGAUAACAAAGCUGAGUGUUCUAAUUUCAUUAAAAGACCUUUUAAGAUUCCAAUUCCACCACCAUGGCAUAGUGUCCAGUUGACUCUUACCAAAGGACCUGAUGGAGUGGAAAACAAUGGAGCUUCUACUGAGAAAAUUUUGGCCCACUGUGAAACCGCAAUGGUCGGUGUUCGUCAUGGGAAGUCAUUCGAUGGGAUUGUGGCUAGAACGUCCUCUUUGUUGUUUGAUUUUUUGAAUGAAAUGAACCUUGGACAUUUACCUCUGUUUCCUAAAGGACAAGAUAAAAAGGCUAGAAUUCUUGAGUUUCUUAACAACAAAAGCGCACUAGAUCAGUGCAAAAAUAGUAUCAACCAAACUAGUUAUACUACAAGAUCAUGUUUCGUUAGAGUUCUUCUCCGUGCAUGUAAGAAGGGCUCGUUCGAAGAGGGAGCAGUUAUUUGUGCACCCAAGUCAUCUGAUCCUUUGCGGACUUCUAGGUUGGAAGAUGAUGAAAGCGCACUCCGAGUUCCCGAAUCUGCUAUAAGGCAUUACUUCAAAGAGCAGUCGCCUUCAACGUGGGAACUACAACUACCAGAAGAUUACAUUGCUAGGGAGUCUCAUAGGUGGCCAAUAGGAUUUGUCACCACAGGAUUCGUUCAUGGAAGCAAGAAGCCUGUUGCAGAGGGUCUUUGUGAAGCAACAUUACUAGCUCGUCUUCGAGAGCAACAGUGGGACGGUAUGUUUGCAAAGAAGAAGGAACAGAUAUAUGUGCUUGUUAGGAACAUGAGAUCUUCAGCAUACCGAGUUGCUCUUGCUACCGUUAUCCUCGAGCAGCUGGAAGAUGAUUUAGAGUUUAUGUAACUUUAAAGUUGUAAUUUUAAGGCUAAGAGAAGCCAUCAAUUUUGAUCUCCUGAUGUUUAUUUUAAUUUUUUCUGAUUUAUAGUGCAAAAGUUAGGCCUCACUUCAUUUAUUUUUCAUCUUUCUGGCUAAUGUAAUUACAUGUUUAUGAGGGAAGGGAGGAUGUGGAAUGGAGGAAUUUUUUUCUUAGUUGUUAA